AUGAAGAGUCUGUCGCUGCUGCCUCUGCUGCUGCUGCUGACCACCUGCACCUUGAGGGCUCAGGGGAAGCGCCGCCAAGUCUACUUCCGGGAGGAGUUUGAAGAUGGGGAUGGAUGGACAAAACGAUGGGUGCAAUCCAAACACCAAUCUGAUUACGGUAAAUUCCAGCUGACCGCAGGGAAAUUUUAUCAAGAUAAAGAAAGAGAUAAAGGUCUCCAGACCAGUGAAGACGCCAAGUUCUAUGCCCUUUCCACCCGGUUUAAGCCAUUCAGCAAUGUGAAUGAGACCUUGGUGGUUCAGUUUUCAGUAAAACACGAGCAAGGCAUCGAUUGUGGCGGUGGGUAUGUGAAACUCUUUCCUGCCACACUGAACCAGGAAGACAUGCACUCAGAGUCCCAGUAUUACAUCAUGUUCGGCCCGGACAUCUGUGGCUUUGGCAAUAACAGACUACAGGUCAUCUUUUAUCACCAUGGGAAAUACCACGAGAACAACAAGACCCUCAAGUGCAGGAUCAAUAAAGACACUCACCUGUACACUCUGAUCAUCCGCCCUAAUGCUACUUACGAGGUUAAGAUUGACAACGAGAAGGUGACAACGGGGGCCUUGGAAGAUGACUGGGACUUCUUGCCUCCCAGGAAAAUAAAAGACCCCUAUGCCAGGAAACCAAGGAAAUGGGAUGAACGGCUACAAAUAGAGGAUCCUGAAGAUAAGAAACCCGAGGACUGGCAGGACUCUGAGUUCAUCCCAGACCCAGAAGCCAAGAAGCCAGAUGACUGGAAUGAGGAGAUAGAUGGGGUGUGGGAAGGGCCGCUGAUACCGAACGCCAAGUACAAGGGAGAAUGGAAACCUCGGAUCAUUGACAAUCCCAAUUACCAGGGGGAAUGGAUCCACCCAGAGAUAGACAACCCGAAAUACAGGCCUGACCCCACCAUUUGCCACUAUUAUAACAUCAGCGUCCUUGGCCUGGAUCUUUGGCAGGUGAAGUCGGGCAGUAUCUUUGACAAUUUCCUUCUAACAAAUGAUGAAGAGUUUGCUGAAGAGGUCGGAAAUAAGACCUGGGGAUUAAGAAAGGAUGUAGAGCAGCAGUGGAGAGAGCUGUAUGAGGAAAUGGAGAAAAAGAAGGAGGCAGAAGAGACCAAAAUGAAGAGGGAAAAGGAGCGGGCCAGGCAAGAGGACAUCUGGGGACUUGAUGAGGAGGAUGAGGAGGACAAUGAAGAGGACUCUGAGGAGGAACCAGAUGAAAAGUCCAAGCUGGAAGACAGCGCAUCUCUGGGUAAAAAGGAAGCCCGCUUUGAUCAGAAGGAUGAACUGUAA